AUGGAGAGAACCUACAAAGGAGAUUCUUUGGGUGGUAAAUUUAAGCCACAAAAUUUUAUUAAAGUUGACCUCAACUACAUUCAAAUUCAACCCACGAAUCAAUUGAUUUCCUCGACGAAGGAGGCAAAAGUAGCAUUCCUACUUCGCUAUACGUCUCAGGCGAUUUCCAUUA